CUCAGAGACCUAGUGAUGGCUGUCAAGCAACUCCUUCCUGGCGGGCUCCAGGUCUUGGUUUCCUUUGAAGAUGUGGCUGUGUUCCUCUCCCAGGAGGAAUGGGGCCAUCUGGGGCCCACUCAGAGGGGCCUGUACAGGGAUGUGAUGCUGGAGACCUAUGGGAACCUGGUCUCACUAGGACUUCGGGGUUCCAAACCUGAUGUCAUUUCCAGGCUGGAGCAGGGGGAAGAGCCUUGGACCCCACACUCAUCGAGAAUUGCAGGGAGCUGGAGGCACAAGAGUGAAGGUUAUGAUUCUAGGAUUGAAAAAAAUAAAUUGACUCCAAAGCAGGACAUUUUUGAAGAAAUGGAAACCCAGAGAGCAAAAUCAGAAGAACAUGUAAGGAAUAUUUCCACAGAACCUGAAGAGAUGAGUAAAACUGAGGGACAGUUAGGGGAUUGCUGGAGAAAAGCUGUAGUAGAAGGAUGUAAGAAAUCCUCCCAGAAGAGCAAUUUCCAAACAGAGACCAUGAAUCAUGUGAAAACCCCCACUGCAGAGAAAUGUCAGAAGUUCAUUGUUGGUGAAAACUGCUCUACAGACUCAAAUCCUUCCAGACAUGUUAGAGUAGCUAGAGAGGCAAGUCUCCAUCAGAGUGUGUCAUGUGUCAAACAGUUUGAGCAAUAUAAGAACAUCAUUAACCUCCAGAGUUUCCAUUUAGGAAAAAGAGCCUGUCAGACAGAUGUGUUUAUGCAAGUACCUAGACUGAGUUCAGUUCUUAGUGAUAAUCAGAGGAUUAACAAUCCAGAGAAAUCCUUUGAGUGUACUGAGUGUGGAAAAACUUUCAGGCAGAACAGAGCUCUCUGUCGGCACCAAAGAAUUCAUAUUGUUGAAAAGCCCUAUGAAUGUAGUGAAUGUGGAAAAGCUUUCAGUCGGCACUCUGUCCUCAGCAAACAUCAGAGAAUUCACACUGGUGAGAAACCCUACACAUGUGAGGAAUGUGGUAAAACUUUCAAUGCUCACUCAUACUUUAUUCAGCACUGUAAAAUUCACACUGGAGAAAAACCCUAUGAGUGUAAUAAAUGUGGGAAAGCCUUCAGUACACGUUCAUCUUAUAUUCAACAUCUAAAAAUUCAUACAGGAGAGAAACCUCAUGAGUGUAAUCAGUGUGGGAAAGCCUUUAGUCAUAGCUCUAAUCUGAUUCAUCAUCAGAGAAUUCAUAGUGGAGAGAAACCUUACAAGUGUGAAGAAUGUGGGAAAGCCUUCAGCAGGCAGUCACACCUUGUUCAGCAUCAGAUAAUUCAUUCUGGAGAGAAACCUUAUGACUGUAGUGAGUGUGGCAAAGCCUUCAGUGCACGAUUAUCUCUCAUUCAACAUCAGAGGGUUCAUACAGGAGAAAAACCCUAUGAGUGUAAUGAGUGUGGAAAAUCCUUUAGCCUGAACCGAACCCUUAUUGUCCAUCAGAGAAUUCACACUGGAGAGAAACCAUAUAGGUGUAAUGAGUGUGGAAAAUCCUUCAGUCAGCGCUCACAAGUUAUUCAACAUAAGAGAAUUCACACUGGGGAGAAGCCUUAUGUCUGCAAUGAGUGUGGAAAAUCAUUCAGUGCUCGCCUAUCCCUUAUCCAGCAUCAGAGAAUUCACACUGGUGAGAAGCCUUAUGGAUGUCGUGAGUGUGGGAAAACCUUCAGUCAAAAGGGACAUCUUAUUCAGCAUCAGCGAAUUCACACUGGAGAGAAACCCUAUGAAUGUAAUGAGUGUGGAAAAGCCUUCAGCCAGAGUUUUAAUCUUAUUCACCAUCAGAGAACACACAAUGGUGAGAAGCCCUAUGAAUGUAACGAAUGUGAUAAAGCCUUCAGUGUGCUUUCUUCCCUUGUUCAACAUCAGAGAGUACAUAAUGGAGAGAAACCCUAUGAGUGUCACAAAUGUGGGAAGGCCUUUAGCCAGGGCUCACAUCUUAUUCAGCAUCAGAGGAGUCACACUGGCGAGAAACCCUAUGAGUGUAAUGAGUGUGGGAAAACCUUUGGACAGAUAUCCACCCUGAUUAAGCAUGAGAGAACACACAAUGGUGAGAAGCCCUAUGAGUGCAGUGACUGUGGGAAGGCCUUCAGCCAGAGUGCUCACCUUAUCCGCCAUCGAAGAAUUCACACUGGAGAGAAUCCUUACGAGUGUAGUGACUGUGGGAAGGCCUUCAAUGUUCGCUCCUCUCUCAUUCAACAUCACAGAAUUCAUACUGGGGAGAAGCCUUAUGAAUGUAGUGAGUGCAGCAAGGCCUUUAGUCAGCAUUCACAGUUUAUUCAGCAUCAGAGAAUUCACACUGGAGAGAAACCCUACAUGUGCAAUGAAUGUGAGAAAUCCUUCAGUGCACGCUUAUCCCUUAUCCAACACAAGAGAAUUCACACUGGAGAGAAACCCUACGAAUGCGCUGAAUGUGGGAAAUCCUUCCGACAAAGCUCUCACCUUAUUCGACAUCAGAAAAUACACAGUGGAGAGAGAUCUUAUACAUGUAACCAAUGUGGAAAGACUUUCAGUCAAAGAAUAAUUCUUAUUAGUCAUGAGAGAGUCCAUAAACCUCAUUUUAGAGAGCAGGCCUAUAAAUGUAGUAGGUGUGGGGAGCUCUCUCCUACCCAGUCAGCCUUCACUCAACAUUGUGCAGGUCACAGUGGAGAGUGA